UGAAAUCAGACGCAACGGCGCAGGCUCAACCUCUGUUACCUCCAGUCAUGUCUAAGCAUCAUCCCGGCCUAAUUAUGUGCCGGCGGCAGCCUGGAAUUGGCAUCGGGCGUUUGUGCGAGAAAUGUGACGGAAAAUGGCCCGUUUGUGAUUCAUAUGUCCGACCAGAAACUCUUGUUAGGAUCUGUGACGAAUGUAACUUCGGUACCUACGGCGGUCGGUGUAUUAUCUGCGGUGCUCCUGGUAUAUCUGAUGCCUAUUACUGUGCGGAGUGCACGCGUCUCGAAAAGGACCGGGAUGGUUGUCCAAAGAUUGUGAACCUUGGAGCCAGUAGAACCGAUCUCUUCUACGAGCGACGUCGCUUAGGGUUCAAGAAGGGUUAAC